AUGAAUUACCAUCUACCUCGUCGGUCCUGUUCGCUAAGAGACCUUCAGGCUACCAGAGACUCGAAUGUGCUAAGUGCGCCUCUGCUCAAAAGCCCUUCCACCACCAACCUGCCUCAGGCUGCCUCCAGAUAUCAACUCUGGCCAUCGUCGAAAAGUCCUGUAGGAUCGUCGUCUGAUAAGCUGGCUGCUUUAUCUGUUGGCCGCUCUGGUACAUCACUCAGUGAUACUGCUGUUCUUCCAGAGACUGUACCGUUCUGGCAACGUGCAGGCUCAAUGUCAAGGAGGAGAAAAGUCAGUGUCCCUGAACUAUCGGGCACCAUGACAACGGUGCAAGAGAUGCCUGUUGACUCUCCUACAAUUCCAGGGAGGCCGCCCCUCCGCAGGCCAUCACAUGAGAACUUCGGUCAUGAGAGGUCCUACAGUGCCCCAGGCACGAACUGGAGAACAGGCCCAUUUGGUGAUGCAAUGGUCUCAUGUGUCACUGGACCCUCGCCUGUUCUGGCGCAGCAGGCGACUCCCACUGCCUCACAAGAAUCACCCAGCAUUACUGGCCAGCCACUUUCCCCAAUUCUGAGCCCUGGUGCAAAGUCGGCUUUGAAGACAAAGACAGUAAAUCCCGCGUCACCGCCGGAGGUACCUCCUAAAUCGCCUACCAUUGAACGCAAGGGUUCACCAGCUCCUCUUAAGCUCAGCUCGAAAUCGAGCAAGACCCCACUCGCAACACCAGCGUCCGCUACAUCGGGUGGAAGUACCCCUCUUAGCGCAGCUGAUGUCAGACGCUCACCAAAGACUGGAGCUCUCCUGCCAACUCCGUCUUCCGCAGUAUCACAUUCUUUCCGGGCAGCGUCGCCACGCAAUUCACCAAGGGUUGAGAAGCAAGACCCUAUUGCCACACAAGGUUCCUCGCACGGCCGGAAUAUGUCAGAAUCCUCGAUCACGGACCGUGGUCGUCCGACUCAUCGUGCUGCCAAGAGAUCCCACAGCCGAACUUGCUCAGAAUCUGUUGGCCCUGCUAACCAGGUAACUGACAACUGGACACUUCCUCGAGGCAUGCGAGUGCUUGAGGCGUCGAGGCGCAUGAGUGACGCAGAUCAACAGACACUCCACAAGCAAGCUUACGAGCAAGCUGGAAACUUCGAAGUGCUAAACAAGGGAGACGUGGCUUCAAUGUCCAGGGAACUUCGAGCACUUGAUGAACGCUGUGACUAUCUUCGCAAGACCUACAAGUCUCUGCGGGCAGGACGCCAGAAGCUUCACAGUCGCAUGAUCUCGAAUCUGAAACGCGGCGAGACUGUCAUUUUCUCUCGCGAAUCUCUUCUCAAGCAGGAAGAGGCUCUUGCAGAGCUAGACAACUCCAUCGACGAGUUCAUCGCCAAGUUGGAGCAGUCUGAGAAUCGACGCUUGCGCCUCCGGCAAAAGCUACUUGAGCACGUUGCUGCAGCUCUGGUACUUAGCCCCACAAUGCGUGGCGAUGCCGCAGAGACUACCCCACCCCGGAGCCCUGUAAAAGCAGAGAACAGCCCUUCCCGUGCCGAACGAAAAGAAACGGAGUCGAUCAAGAUUUACGCUGACGGCCACGUCCUCAACCUAUUCUCCGACAUCCAGAAAGCAAUCGGCCAGAUGUGCGAGCAAACCUGCUAA